AAAGGCUACACACCGGGGGUUUUACCUCCCCUCUACCGCCUAUAGAUUUGCCAUCGGCCAACACACACAGUAUCACGGGGCUCGUUUCACCAUGGCGCCAACAUCCGCUCUCCUCCUCAUCGAUAUCCAGCAGGGCUUCAACGACCCCUCAUACAAGGGUCGCUCAACCCCGGACUUCGAAGUCAACAUCGCGAAACUCCUCGCCGCCUUCCGCGCCGCAGACAACGCGCACGUGAUCCACGUGGCCCACCACUCCCGCUCGGAAGCCUCCGCGCUGCACCCCUCGAAGCCCGGCGUGCACUUCAUGGAGUACGCCGCCCCGCGCCCGGGCGAGCUAGUCCGGUCCAAGGACGUCAACUCGGCCUUCGUUGGGACGGACCUCGAAAGCGUCAUCAAGAAGCUUGGCGUGCAACGGCUUGUUGUGGCGGGGCUGACCACGGGCCAUUGCGUUAGCACCUCCGUCCGGAUGGCCUCUAAUUUGCGCGUCGUGGAUCAUCCGCAUGGCGGCGUGGCGGCGGGGCACAAGACCGCAGGGGAGAUCAUUGUCGUAGCGGAUGCUACGGCUAUGUAUAAUUGGCCGUAUGCGGGGGAAGUCGUGGAUGGGGAUACCUUGCAUGAGAUCAAUUUGGCUACGCUGGACGAUGAGUUCUGCGUCGUGCGAAACACUGAGGAGGUGUUGAUGUUGCUAGAUGGCGCGUCUUAGUAGCAUAGGCAGAAACAAUGAAUAAACUAAUCUCAUUAAUUAUGUCUUGAUAGCGACACUUGG